AUGGGGCCGAGCACGGGACCGAAGCCGAACAUUCCUAGAAGUGUCCUUGCCAUGAGUGGGACAGAGGCUUCACAAUCUAAAGAGCUGAUUCGAGAUAAAUGUGUAAUUAAGGGCAAAUUAUUGGAUGUGCUAUUUGACUCGAGUGCUACGCACUCAUUUAUUUCCAUGGAUUGUAUGAAGUGUUUGAAUUUGUAUAUGACGGAAUUGUCGUGCAAUGUUGUGGUGAUUACCUCUACGGUUAAGCUGGCUGUGACCUCUUGGGUGUGUCUCGGAUGUUUUGUGAUGGUGCAUGGAAGGGACUUCAAGGUAGACUUAAUCUGUUUGCCCCUCUCCCAAUUAGACGUGAUCUUGGGAAUGGAUUGGCUAGCUGCCAACCAUGUGCUGCUAGACUACAGAGAAAAGUCAUUAAUUUUUGGCAUGUCAAUGUCAGAAAUUCCAAGGCUUUUGAACCAAAAUGUGUGGGAGAACACGGUGAAUGUUAGGGUCUUUAUGGUUAUGUUCUCAUUAGAGGUCGAAAGUAGAAUGGAGCUGGAGUAUAUCCCAGUGGUGAGAGACAUUUUGGAAGUCUUCCCUAAAGAUGUUUCAGAAUUGCCACCUGAGAGGGAGAUAGAAUUCAUGAUUGACCUCAUUCCGAGAGCAAGCCUGAUUUCUGUAGCACCAUUUAGGAUGUCACUAGUGGAGUUGGCAAAGGUUAAGAAGCAAGUGGAAGACUUAUUACAGAAGUAA